AUGGCGAUGGUUUAUUCUGCAACUCUUCAUACAUUACCUAUUGAACUUAUUUAUCGUAUUCUCGAUCAUCUUGAUGUACCAACAAUUUUACUUUCGUUUUAUGGUGUUUGUACACGAUUCAAUCAAAUGAUUAAUACGUAUAAUCGCUUCAAGACAUGUACUGAAAUCAAACUCUCCUACGAAAAGAUAACCAAUGAGACUUUAAAAUAUUUACUUUAUCCAUUGAAAACAAGUAUGACGAUUACAAAACUUAACCUUGACGAAAACAAAAUCGGUGCUCAAGGAGCGAAAUAUUUGGCUAAUGCGUUACAGAACGAUAUGGUACUUGAAGAUUUGACUCUCACCAAUAAUAACAUUGGUAAUCAAGGUGCAGAAUAUAUUGCUGAUGCACUGAAAAUUAAUACGACGCUUAAAAAGUUGAAUCUUGCAAAAAACAAAAUUGGUCAUACAGGUGCACAAUGUUUGGCGAAUGCUUUAGAAGUAAACACGACAUUGGAAGAUUUGUGCGUCAAUGCCAACGACAUGGGCUCACAGGGAGCAGAAUAUUUUGCAAAUGUAUUAAAAACUAAUAAAACACUCAUUGAAUUUCAUCUUGGAUGGGCUAAUAUUGGUUAUGAAGGAGCACAGCAUUUCGUUGAUACAUUAAAGAUUAAUACCACACUUAGAGAAUUAGAUCUUGGAGGAAACGAUAUCGGUGACAUAGGGGCACAUGUUUUAGUCAGUGUAUUACUCCGUCGCUUCAAUACAACAUUGGAGAUAUUAGCUAUCGAUAAUAAUCGAAUUAGUACCGGCAAAAAACGGCUUAUUCAUAAUCUACUAAAAAAUACUUCAAUAAGAGUUUAUGCUCAUGAUCAAGAUGAUUUUCAUUCAUCUAGUGCAGUAUCGCCAUUUAUGCAAACACAAUCCAGUGGUAUCGAAUUCGAUUCUGUAGAUGAAUGUUGGCUUUGA